CAGGGAGGCCGGGCCGUCGGCCGCCCGAGCCGCGACUACAUGGACGCCUUUUCGGGCCGCUCGCGGAAGAGGCGGAGUCGGGAAUGGGCGGGAGCGUGUUGCUUUUAUUUUUCGCCGCCGCCGCUGCUGCCGCCGCCUCCGCUGUUGUGCCCUCUCUCUUGUCGUAGCCGCCUCAAGAGGGGAGGGGAGUUGGAGGAACGGCGAGGAAGGGGAAGAAGCCGCCGCCGUUGUUGAUGCGGAGGGCGCUUCUUGGAGCCCCCCGAACGAAAAUUAAAAUGUCCUCGUGGAUCAAAGUAACUACAGAUCAAGCACAAACACCUGUUGCAGAACAAAGGCAUAGAGCAGGAUGGAUUCCACGACUUCUGGACAUAAAUCCCUACAAACCCUUUCAGAAGAGCUCCUAUUCACCACCAGAUGGAUAUCCAAAGGACUAUGAAGAUGCUAACAGUUUUGAAGAACUCUUCGGGCAGCAGUAUCACCCAUCAUCAGGGACUGAAGAUAAUUUUGAGAGAUAUCAAUAUUCUCAGAAAGAUGAUGACUACACCAAGGAUGUUCAUCGGGACAAGCUGUACAUGCAGUUUUACCAGCAGAUAGAGAGAGAAUACGACAGAGACAGACCUUCAGACUGUGUCAUUGUUUCCAUCAGCAAGGAUCAAGCGGAAUAUUCAACAGCCAUAGGCCAUCGGUUGCAAGAUCAUGGCCUUGUGGUGGAAAUGAUAUACCUUACAUCUGAAUCAGGUCUCACACGUGCCCUCCAAGAAGUUAAAAAUGAUGGUUCCCCAUUUUGCGUUCUUGUUGAACCAUCCAAUGUAGCACUUUCCUCUUGCACCGUAAUCAUGCUUCAUCAGAGUAUCAAAAUACACCGUAAUAUGCCCAUGGAGGAUGCGUUGGCUCUGAUAGCUAAAGAGUUUAAGAACAUUUUUGGUGGGCGCGAGCAACAGGAACGCACAGAGAUUUCACACAAAGCAGCUGAUCUGGCGGAUGACUACCUAGAACGGGCGGUCUAUGAGAGUUACCAUGUGCCUCUAGGCAUUAGACAUCUCCUCUUUCUGUUAAGUGAGGGAAAACAUUUAUAUCUGGAAGAAUUGAACUCAAUAAGUGACUACCUGAAGACCAGGAGAAAUAAGCUUGAAGGCUUUGUUGCAGAGACGGAAGCUUUAGCUGCUGUGGUCAAAGAAGCCAUGUACCCGGCAAGUAGCAGGCCAAGCACUAGUGCUCUGCCCCAGACUCUAAGCAAACCGCCACCUCUUCUUCCAACACCUGGCCGAAAUCCUGCAUUAGGCCCGUCGGCUGUACCUUCCGCUAAACCUGCUUUGUUGGUGAAGCAGGGAAAGGGAACAGAAAGGUGGAAGUGGCCAGUGGUUAACUGUGCAGCUGGCCCCAAGGGUAAACCUCCACCUCUUCUAACAAAGUCUAUGAAAAGGCCAAUCAUCCUGUCUCCUUCUCCACAUCUGCCUUCAAAGCGGCCACUCCUCGCUGGCAGACCUGGUCUUCUGCCAACUCCAGCUGCUCAGGGAAGAUCAGUGCAGCAUCAUUGGGUACCCAAGCCGAAGUUCCUGGCUUGACUGGACACCUGGAUUAGUAAUGGAAUGGAAUAGACUAUAAUCCCUGACAGCAACGGUACCCUCUUCCAAGACAGCAGAGCUGGACAAAUGUGUGGUGUUCGUACACUGGUCAAGCUUAAACGCUUCUCAUUUUUUGUUGUACACAUUCCUGAGAACAUUUUCUUUUUUUAACAUUAGCGGAAGAGUGAAAAUAGAUGUUUGUGGAAAGAUCAGUAUUGUAGAUUCUCAAUACAAAUGUUUUAAAUUGAUACCAUCCCCCAAUAAAUGACUUAUUUACGUGA